AUGUUGGAGGACCUCCUUAGUCCUCUAACAUGGCAGCUGGAAAAUAGUCCUCUAAAACCAGGAGAGAAGAGACAGUGGGAAGACUGGGAGGAGCCAUGGUAUAGAUGGUGGGCUCUUAUUUUUGUUGUGAUGCCAGUGUUGUUUUACUACAAACCCGAGACCAGACCUGAAGUUUGGGCCAGACGAGAAGCAGAAAAGAUUGUCGCUGCUCGUGAUGCCGCCUAUGCAGAGGCUGUUGCAAAGGGUGAGCCUGUCGAUGAAGGUGAAGACAUUGGCGAUUUUAAACCCAGUGAUAUGAAACGUAUAUUGUAAAGUCGGUUGUUAGGAUGAGUAUUUUGUUUACUCGAGGCAUUAGGUAAUUUUUAUCCUUGAUCAUGUGAUCAAAACCUGCAGAACAGCCAAAAAUGUGAGUGCAUAAACUGAAAAGAAAAAAAAGUGGGUAGUUUGUCAAACAUGUUUAGAAUGGCCAAGUUACGUGU